AUGAGGGCUAGCUCCUAUUGGCCAAGCUUGUUUAAGGAUGCCCAUUCAUGGGCAAGGAAGUGUGUAAACUGUGCUCUCUUUGCUGGAAAAGAGAAGCUGCCAGCUACACCUUUGCAACAUAUUCAAGUUGAGCAGACAUUCAUGAGAUGGGGCAUUGAUUUUAUUGGACCAAUAAAUCCACCAUCAAGUGCUAAACACAUGUGGAUACUUGCAGCAACUGAUUACUUUACAAGAUGGACCAAAGUGGUGGCCUUGAAAGAAGCUAAUGAGUCUUCUGUUCUAAAUUUUUAUGAAGAUAUAGUAACCAAGGUUGGAGUACCCGAAUCAAUCAUCUCAAAUAAUGUCUUGGCAUUUGUUGGAUUGAGAGUGACUUUGUUGGAUUGA